ACAGCGUGAGUGUAUCUCUGUUCACGUGGGCCAGGCUGGAGUCCAGAUGGGCAACACCUGUUGGGAGCUGUACUGCCUGGAGCAUGGGAUCCAGCCGGACGGACAGAUGCCCAGUGACAAGCCCACAGGUAACCUCGACGACUCCUUCACCACCUUCUUCAGCGCCACGGGCACCGGGAAGUACGUGCCACGCGCCAUCUUCGUCGACCUGGAGCCCACCGUUAUCGAUGAGGUGAGGACAGGCACCUAUCGCCAGCUGUUCCACCCUGAGCAGCUCAUCUCAGGCAAGGAGGAUGCUGCCAACAACUACGCCCGCGGUCACUACACCAUCGGCAAGGAGAUUAUUGACUCCGUCCUGGACAGGAUCCGUAAACUGUCUGUCUGCUCCCCUCAGUCUAUCUGCUCUGUAAAGGUGUUUAUCGCAGGCAGCAACAUGAGACACAUAGACAGCGUGGUGGUCAUCCUUCGCCUCCCCUGUGAUCUAAAUGCAGAGUCCUGA